CUAUUCUUAUCCUCUCAUAUCCUUGCUGUCGAGGUCCUGCGCUGGACAGAAUGUUAUCGCCCCAAGAUCCCGCGUGAGUGGCGUUUAUGUCGUUUCUGCAAGGUUACCGUAGAGGACGAGGUACAUGCCCUCCUGUGUUGUACUAUCGCUCCUGGUUUGAUAGAGCUUCGCCGGUCGUUUCUUGCCGAUGCCCAUGCAUUAUGUCCUAAUCUAGCCAAUGCUUGGGGACGUCUUGCCGUUGACGACCGGUUGGCAUGCCUCUUACAAUUGCCUAUCUUGGAGCCUCGAUUGGCGCAAUAUGUGUAUCAUGUAUUGGAGAUAUUCGGAGCUACACCGGUGUAUAUUCCU